UCUCUUUGUGUUGUUGCAUUUUGGCCGGUUCCUGUCUCCUUGCUUUCUUUCCCGCCUUUGUGCGUCCGCAGCUGGAAUCGAUUAUAUCUCGUAGACGUCUCUUUUCGACGUCGUCCGUUCGCUUUCCCCAGUCGUACAUUCGAUCGCGUUCACUCAUUCACGCGAAGCAGCACUUUGGCUUACGCCCCCUCCCUCCUUACCCUCGCUCCUUACAGAGACUCGAUCUGAGAUCGUCCCAAUUUCGCGAAAGCUACCACCACUCCUUUUCAACAAGCACUUCUUGACCGGACCUCAAGAAGCCAACAGAUAACGAAACACACUGCACAAACAUCAACGCAGAGACAAGAUGCAUUUCACAAUGAACACCCUGGUGCUGGCCACCCUUGCAAUUGGCCAAACCUAUGCUGCCACCGUGGGCCACGCUCACCACUCGGCAUUCCAUAGCCAUGCACGCAAGCAUGACCACAUCCAGCCUUUGAAACGUUCCACGGCUUUGACCAGCUCUGACUCGAGCAAGCUCACCUCCCUGGGUGCCCAAGUCGGUGUCAACUCGGCGUCCUCCAAUGGAAACGCCUGGCUCAGCGAUGAUGGACCGUACAAGAGCAACUUCAUCAACGACGCUGGCGAGGACCUGAUUCUGGUUUGCUGGGGUGUCGCAGGAUCCUGGAUCAACGCUGUCCAGCCAACCAUUACCGCCUCCAUCGCAUCCGGCGAGUCCCUCACCGUCUCUUUCGCUGAUGGCGCAUCGGGUGCCUGCACUGCUGUCUACAGUGACACCGAAUUGGUGAAUGGUCAAGCUUCCAACACCUGGAUGGAGUUCACCUUUGGCGAGUACGGCGUUGUUGACGUCUCACGCGAAGUCAACAUGGAUGGUCACAGCCUCAGCGUCGUCGGUCCCCAGUGCACCACCAACAUGGAUACUUGCGUCUUUGUCUGCUCAUCCGGCACCACCUGCACCACUGGUUACGAACUCCAGAACUGCGCCAACGGAUCUCAAUCUGGAGCCAAUUAUGGCACAUACGAUGGCUCGCCAUCCGGUGGAUGCGGUGGUAUGGGAUCCAGCGCUUCCCUGACCACUACUUGGUCAUAGAUGUUGACUACAUGGGCUAUGGGGUUUGUGGCAGUGCAUGCGUCAAAGAAGCGCACGAACCUUACGAAGCCCACAUCACAACGGAAGAGAGUAUAUCGAACGAUGUCAAGUAACCCGCGGAUCUAUGGGAUUUGGUAUUGUUGGUUAUACUUGUGGCCAUUUGGUCCGAUUUCUCUUACCUAUUCUUUUCCUUUGUCAUUGGUCUUGGGGAUGUGUUGGACAUUUAUGUCUUGUGUACAGAGGGGGCUAUAUUUGGUUGUUCGGCAAUGGACCUUACAUUGAUGCUGAGACAUAUGGAUAUCCAGUGAUACAUGUACGUUUAGUCAAAUGGUUUCGUGGUUGGACGGCAGAUAUAUCCUUCUGGGCAGCGGAUGUCGUGUCCAGGUGUUUAUCGAAUACUAUACCUUAGAAAAUCACUGUCGUUACUGUGCCUGU